AUGCGGGGGCAUUUGGCUGGGACUUUUCUGGGAGGAAAGAAGAUCUUGCUGUGUUUUGACCUUGCCAAAAUUGAGCUUGUUUUUGGACUCUUUAAAAAGCCAUACACACUAAGGCAGGAGAAGCGCGUGUCCCGCUGGUACUUCGGCGGCCUGGCCUCGUGCAGGGCGGCCUGCUGUACCCACCCGCUGGACCUGCUCAAGGUCCAUCUGCAAACCCAGCAGGAAGUGAAGCUGCGCAUGACAGGAAUGGCACUACAUGUGAUUCGCAAUGAUGGCUUUCUAGCACUCUACAGUGGGCUUAGUGCCUCACUCUGCCAACAGAUGACGUACUCCCUCACCUGCUUUGCCAUCUAUGAGACUGUGAGGGACCGCUUGGUCCAGGGUGCCCAGGGGCCAAUGCCUUUCUACCAGAAGGUGUUGCUAGCUGCAAUAGGAGGUUUCACUGAUGGGUUCGUGGGGACCCCAGCUGACCUGGUAAAUGUCAGGAUGCAGAAUGAUAUGAAAUUACCACUGCAUCUGAGGCACAACUACUCGCAUGCUCUGAAGGGGUUAUAUCGAGUCCUUCAUGAAGAGGGUGUAAAGAAAUUGUUCUCUGGAGCAACAAGUAGUAGAGGCCCAGCAACAGUGGUCCCAGAUGGCGGCCCAGCCAGGUUGCUCUUUCAGCCAGUGGAGGCCGACUGA